AUUUUGAAAAAAACUAAAAAAGAUUUAAUCACAUAAGUAUAUAAGGAGAAUAUAGCAUCGCUUUUGUUCAUUCAAUAGUAGGAGGUGAGUUUCACGCGCCGCGUAUUCCGGUAGGCAUUGAAAAAAAAAUAUAAAUGGAAUCACAUCACUUCGGUCAGUGUGACAGUGUCUCGCCGCUUCCAAUUUUCUUUGUUACAUUUAUCAAACGUAAUCCAACGCGCCUUAACGCCUUCGUCAACCACCGUGUGCUCAUUGCUAUCUCGGUCUCUGCAUCUUCAUCGUCCACUGUUUAACAGACACAAAUCCGAAAACAAGUACAGACAUUUUACUUGAGGUCCGCAUUUAAGAUCCGCAACAAAUUUCAGCUUCGAUUCUUCCUCUUCGAGUGCUGAUAGCCAUUGACUUUCAGUUUCUCCGAUACAUUAUUCACUCAGGUAAGUAUUGAUCUGAAUGCAACUACGGAGUGAAGAUGUUUCUAAUCAACAGUUGACAUGACUUGUUUGCUCUCUUGCUUAUUGCUAUAAGUGAGCGUGUGAAGAGGUAUUUCAGAAAUUGAAAGCUGAAAGCAAGUUGAAUUGGGAAUAUCAUUGAUUCAGGUUGUUGAGGAUGGAUAGAAGAAUUGAUCCUGAUGCACCAAUUGAUUAUGUUGAACUUCAGAUAUUUCCAAGCCAUAACAGAUAUGAGGCAUGUGUAUCAACUAGCAAUAUAGCAGAAAAGGUAGCAUCUGGAGACUUGCAACAACUAUUGUUGCAUUUACCUCAAGUAAAAGAUCUGUCAUCCAAAAGCUCAAACUCAAAUUUCAAGAUUCUAGCACCCGAAGAUUUCAAUGACCAUAGUUGGUUCACAACAGCCACAUUGAAAAGAUUCCUGCAAAUUGUUGGUUCACAAGACAUUCUUACCAUUGGAAAUGAAAUUUCUCAACUAGAAGAGACCAGAAAAUUCCAACUUUCUUUGUUUGCAAAGGCUGAAGUUGACAUGACAUCAUCGUUCGAAUCAAAGAAUGAACUACUACGAACAGUGGAUCUGAGGCUCUCAGAAUUGAAAGAGAACUUAUCAAAUGCCCUCAACCAAGCUACAGGUGCUAAAUGCUCAACCAAUGAUAUUUCCAACAUGGAAAACCUCGCUCAUCAUUUUGGAGCAGAAGAUAUAAGGGACUUGUUACAGAAGCUUCUAGAGUUGAGUCAAUUAAAAGACUCCAUAACUGAAACAAGUAUUCCCACUUCUCAGUUAUCUCCACCUGUAAAAUACGGCGUCUCUCCAGCAAAAGCUGCACAGAUAGAACGCCAGAUGUCAACAGACAGUGAAACCUCGUUUUCAAGUGAAGACAACCAACCACCACCAAUUGAAAGAAGCCGAACUCCUGCAAGAUCUGCAGCUUCUAGAAGGUCAGCAUCUCCAAUGAGAAGAAUCCAAAUUGGACGAGGUGGGCCCCGCAGACCAGCUGUUUUAAGUAUCAAAAGUCUCAACUAUGCUAAGACCACAAGUCAAAGAGAUGAAGCUGGUCAAAGUAGUCAAGAGGAAGAUGAAGAGUCAGAGAGAGUCGCGAAAAGUAAUGCAUUGAGAAUGAGUGUUCAAGAUAAAAUAAGUCUGUUUGAAAGUAAACAGAAAGAAGAUCAAGGUGUUGAAAUUCAGAAGCCAAAGAUUGUAGAAAAAGCUGUACUCAGAAGAUGGAGCUCAGGAAUGAGUGAAAGUCAUGGAACUUCUGAAAUCAUCCAUAAAGAUCCAGAAACAGAAGAAAACAUGAAAUCUAUCUCCCCCAAAAAGGAUGCUGACGUGGCAGAUGAUGAUAAAGAACACGGGAGUUGUGAAAAGGAUAUUUCCACAUGGAAUGAACAAAAGGAAGCCGAAUUAAACCAGUUGUUUAACAAAAUGAUGGAAAGCAAACCAGUUAGAAGACAUAGUGUGACAAAUGAUAAUAGCAAAGGUAAAAAAAGUUCUUCAAAGGAGCAGAGAGGUGGAUUUUAUGAUCAUUACAAGCAAAAGAGAGAUGAAAAGCUUAGAAAGGAAGUUGGAAAGAGAGCUGAAAAAGAUGCACAAUUUAAAGAAAUGCAACAGGUUCUAGAUGAUAAAAAAGCUGAGAUUGUUUCCACUAAAAAUAAACAACCUCAAAAGAGCAAGAGCCCAAUCCCCAAAAAGGAAGCCAAAAAGGAAACCCCGAAAGCUUCUGUUGUGAAGAAAAUUACAAAUAAGCCCUCGUCUCAAUUGCCUGCUACACGGAAAUCAUGGCCUUCAGCUCCUUCACCAAAACCUAUCACAACAUCUUCUACUCCUACACCAACUCGAAAACCUCAAUCUGCAACGCCAGCUGUACGCCCAAUUACAAAAGUUGAAAAGUCAAAACCACAAUCCAAGAUUUCAAAGGUAACCACUACACAACCUGAAGCUAAGAAGAUGACCACUAAAACUAUCAUUGAGAAGAAGCAGACACCGGUGGUAAAACCAAAACCCCGAACCAAAGCCGAAACUCCGGCGACUCCUUCCACCACCGCCGCCACCACUGCCGCCAAUGCCGCUAAGCCGAGUUUUUACAAGAAAGUUACUAAGAAGAGCAGUGUGGUUCCAGUGGAAACAAAACCUUUUCUUCGUAAGGGAACUGGGAUUGGACCUGGUGGAGGUGCGGUUGUGGUUAAAAGUAAAGCUGUGGCUCAAAUUGAGGAACCAAUCACCACUGAAGUUGAAGCCCUGAUUGAACCUGAGAAAAUUCAGGUGGUUGAGACUACUACUAAAUGUGAAGAACCAGAGUGUGAUGAUAAUGAUGAUUCCAAAUUAGAAUUGGAAUCGGAAGCCAUAUGUGAGGAGGUGGUAGAGACUUGUGAUGUUAGUGGUGUUAAUAAGAUAGAAAUGGUGGAAGUUGAAGCUGAAGCUGAAGUUGAAGUUGAAGUUGAGGAGGAGUUGAUGAUUUCGCCAACUGCGUGGGUGGAGAAUAAUUGUGAGGAUGAGAUUGUUGUGUGUGAAGAAAGGUCUGUUAAUGUAAAUGUAAAUGUAAAUGUAAAGGUGGGUGGUGGUUCAGGUUCAGCCAAUGUGGGUGUGCCAGGUGGCGUGUCGAGUCCACGUGUUCGGCAUUCUUUGUUUCAGAUGCUUCUUGAGGAGACGGGUGAAAGUGAGAGUGGUGAGUGGGGGAAUGCACAGCAUCCUCCUAUGGUUCAAGUCCAUCCAGCAUUUUCAGGAGAGGAUGAGGAUGAUGAUGAAAAUCGUAAGUUUCAGAAUUCAGGGGUAGCAAGGCAACGCAAUUGGGAUCAAGCUUGGGUUUUCCAAGUGGGGGAUUUGUGAAAUAUAUAGGUGAAUUUGGUUGUGUAGGCUAUAAGCUUUCGUCUUUAUUGUUAUUUCUCCAUUAAAGGUCAACAAAUGACUAUUUUAUUUUUUUUAUAGACUUCACAAUGUAUAUUCAAUGCUAUAUUCAUCUUGAAGUCUAAAUAUUUCAUAUGCUUCAAGGUUAGACACACUAUCGGUCUUUCUUUUGUAUCCUCU